GUGUGAUGGUACCAUAUGACAAACAAAUGAAAUCCGGAUGGGUUUCUAUUAUUACUACAAGUAUAUUUUCACUAAUUCGUUCGCUUUUUGAACGUUACAAGAAGGGAAUAGCAAUGGUAUGGAAUUGUUCAGUUAUCCUAUUGGGGUUUGUUCUAUUUGAUACAUGUUUUUCGAGAGUAAUCAAUAGAGGUAAAGCAUUACUUUUUUGUUAUUAUUGUGAAGAACAUUACUAUGGUAAAUGUGGUGAGGGAAAUAAUAUGAAGAUUUCCAACUGUCUGGGUAUUGAUAAAUCGUGCUUCUAUAAAUCUUAUUACGAUCCCUUCAACAAUGGACAUGGUGGAAGAUACAAGUAUGAGAGAGGAUGUACGCCUUGUGAUACUGAAGAAUGCUUAGCUAACACUACUCAGUUCACAGUUGGUCUCAAAGAGAAUCUAGGUACAAUGAAAAUUUGUGCUGGUGCUAAAUGCAACAUCAAUAGAAUGAAUGUAUUCCAGGUUGAUGAACCUAUAGGAGUCAAACCAUUAUGAGAAUUCGUUUAAAACAAUUUAUCUCUUUCAGUUUCUCUUUCUUUCUUACCUCUUAAUGUUUCUUGGCACUACUUAUAAAGAAAUCUUUAUAAUAAACGAAC